UUGUCUCCUCCUUCCUCAUUUGCUUAUGGAGAAAAGUAGACUUACAAGGUUGCUCUUGCAGGAAUUAAGCAGAAAACAAAGUCCUGGUAUCGCCAGAAGAACUGCUCCUGCUGAUACACGAGCAGGUGCUCUUCAUGGAAGGCCCUACUCGAGUAAUUGGCAAGCUACUUCACUGGAAGAUAGCAGCUCCGUUUGCAUUUACAAGGUCCCAGAUAUUAUGCGCCGGGUGGAAAGAGAGGCUUAUGAACCCAAUGUUAUCUCAAUUGGUCCGUACCACCAUGGAGUAGAGCGCCUACAAGCCAUGGAAAAGCUCAAACUGAAAUUCGUUCGCCGCCUAUUUGACCGAAAUGGAGUCAAAUUAGAUGUUGUGAGGAAUGCCCUCGGAAAAUUGGAGGAAGAAGCUCGGAUAUGCUACUCGGAGAAAAUCCAACUUGAAAGUGACAGAUUUGUCGAGAUGAUGCUGAUCGAUAGCUGCUUUAUUGUUGAGCUCCUUAGAGAGGUAUGGCAGCAUAAAUCCGAAAACCAAAUACCUUUCAUCCAAAGGUGGAUGUUGCCCACUUUUCGUCGAGAUCUGAUAAUGCUUGAAAACCAACUCCCAUUCUUUGUUCUGUCAGAAGUAUUUCAAACGACAGGUAGGAGUGCACCAUCUUUGCAAAGGCUUGCCCUUCACUUCUUUAAUCCUCUGUUGCAAAGAGAUUUUGACACAACACCCGCGAAGGUCGUAGCAAGUGAAGGAAUCGAAGCGCGGCACUUUCUUGACCUUUUCCGUUCUACCAUUGUCCCAGUGAUGCCGGCAAGACGGAGACAGCCUAACAUGAUCCGUUCAACAACAGAGCUGAAAGAAGUGGGUAUCAAAAUACAGAGAGCAAAACAUUCUCAGCUACUGGAUGUAAUGUACGAGGAAAGGGUGCUGAAGAUCCCUCCUCUUUACAUCGACGAUUAUAAGGGUACUCUGUUUCGAAACAUGAUGGCAUUCGAAAAAUGCCAUCGCGAUUGCCAUCCAGACGUGACAACUUACAUGUUUUUCUUUGAUGGACUCAUUAACUCAGCCAAGGACGUGGGGCUUCUCCAUUACAAAGAAGUCCUUCAACAUUCUUUGGGCAGUAACAGAGAGGUUGCUAAACUUGUCAGCAGGAUUUGCAGGGAAAUUGAUCGGGUUCAAGAGGAGUCAUACUUGUACAUGGUGGUGGAUGACGCCAAUUCUUACUUUUCUUCCAGUUAUGCGAAAGUGAGAGCAGGAGUGGUGCGCCACUAUUUCAGCAGCUGGCUGGUGGGCUUGUCAACUGCUGGUGCAAUAUUUGCUCUCUACCUCACCCUUGUUCAGACUGCCUCUGGAAUUGCCAGUGCCCUGGAACCCCUGCGAAAAGUCGACUUCGGCUCAUGUCUAAAAGAUUCCGUGUUACUCCCUUUCUCUGGUAAGCCCCGCUCCACAAGUGAUUGAACAGCCGGAGGAGGUGUAUCCCUGUUCUAAUUAAGUGUUGUUUACUAAACUUUAUUUAGUAAUUUGUUUCAAAAUUUGCAAGUAGUGACUAUGAUAUGCACCAAUUUGCACACGAAAAAUUAGUAUUCAAGUCAAUUUGUGAUCCUGGUUUUACCACCGCGCGCAAGUAAACCAGGCAAUCACUGAAAUUUUCAACAUUUUCCCAAUAUUACGACCUCAGGCCCUACUAUAACUGUCUAUAAGUUUCCGUUAACUUUUCCA